UUAGACCUCCUUGGUUCCGCGGUUGGUGACUACUACCUGUUACUAACUCAAAAAAUAAAACACAUCACAAUUUUGCACGUCACUGCUAAAAUAGCAUAUAUCAAAUUGAUUGAUUUAAUCUUUUUUCCUCAUCUGGAUAACGCAAAGGUAUUUUUGAUGACGAUAUACCAGAAUGCAUUUCGCUCCACGGAGCAAGACGUGAGCACGUCUGUGACUAGCUUCUGCAUUCAACAACAACCUCAAGAAACUACUAUCUGAAUUCAAGAUGGACACUGCAGAGGGUUCCAAGCUGUGGGGGGGUCGUUUUGUGGGCGCCACUGACCCCGUGAUGGAGCGCUUCAACGCGUCCAUCGCUUACGAUCAGAGGAUGUGGGACGCUGACAUCAGAGGCAGCAAAGCCUAUGUGAAAGCGCUGGAAAGGGCCAAGCUGGUCACCACAGAGGAGAAGACACAGAUCCUACAAGGGUUGGACCAGAUCUCUGAGGAGUGGACCAAAGGUGUGUUUCUGAUCAAAGCUGAUGACGAAGACAUACACACUGCCAAUGAGCGCAGACUCAAGGAGCUGAUUGGCACCACUGCAGGGAAGCUACACACAGGAAGGAGCAGGAACGACCAGGUGGUGACCGACAUGCGCCUGUGGCUGCGUGACGCCAUCUCCACCUUGACGGACAGCGCUCUGCUGCUCAUCUCCACCACGGUGGAGCGGGCUGCUGCGGAGAUAGACGUACUGUUUCCUGGUUACACACACAUGCAGAGAGCUCAGCCAAUCAGAUGGAGCCACUGGAUGCUGAGCUACGCUGUGGCUUUGAGGCGGGACGUGGAGCGUCUGCAGGAGAUCAAGAAGAGAGUGAACGUCUUACCUCUGGGCAGCGGCGCCAUCGCUGGAACGCCGUUUAACAUCGACAGGGAGCUGCUACGAAGAGAGUUGUCUUUUGAUGAAAUCAGCUUAAACAGCAUGGACGCCACAGCACAACGAGAUUUUGUUGUGGAGUUCUUGUUCUGGGCCUCGCUGUGUUUAACUCACCUGAGUAAGAUGGCUGAGGACCUUCUGCUUUACAGCACCAAAGAGUUCUCAUUCGUCACGCUGUCUGAUGCCUACAGCACAGGCAGCAGUUUGAUGCCCCAGAAGAAGAACGCUGACAGUCUGGAGCUGAUCAGAAGCAAGGCAGGACGAGUCUUUGGCAGAUGUGCAGGCUUCAUGAUGACCUUGAAGGGCCUGCCCAGUUCGUACAACAAGGACCUGCAGGAAGACAAGGAGGCCAUGUUUGACUGCUAUGACUCUGUCCACGCCGUGCUGCAGGUCACCACUGGGGUCAUCUCCACCCUUAAGAUCAAUGCGAGCGUGAUGGAGGCGGCGUUGAGUGCGGAUAUGUUGGCGACUGACCUUGCCUACUAUCUUGUCAGGAAGGGGGUGCCGUUCAGGGAUGCUCACGCUCUGUCGGGUAAAGUCGUUUUCACAGCUGAGUCACGAAAUGUUACCUUGACCCAACUCACCUUGGAUGACCUCGCCGCUAUCAGCCCGCUGUUUGAAAGCGACGUGGCGUCUGUGUGGGACUACAGUAGCAGCGUAGAACAGUACAGCGCCACAGGCGGCACAGCCAGGAGCAGUGUUGGGGAACAGGUACAACACAUGCGCACGUGGCUGGCGCAACAGAAAAAGCACUUGUGAAAACUUUCACAACUUUUAACUCUGAAUCAGGUUUACUGACUGGACCUAAAUCAUGAUUGAAGCAGGAAAAUGUACAUUUAUUAUUAAUAUUGCAAUCACAGUUUAUUUACUUUAUAAUUACACAUUAAGCUGCACUAAGGCAAAUCGAAGUGCUAAUCAGUCAACAUUUCUCUAAUUUUAUGUAAUAAAAUAUGUAUAUUAAAAGGAUCAGUGGAAAAAAUAAGGAUCAGUGUGCUGUGUGUAUGAGGGCGUGUGCUUAUUACUCGAUCAGAACCAAUGUUGUGAGCACCAGAGAGAAAGCAUCAAACCACAAGCAGGUUAACUUCAGAGUCGCAGCCAAGUUGGAGCGGUACACAACCCGUCCAUCGAGGGGCUGAGUGGGCCUGAAGAUGUCCAUCAUGGGCUGUCCUGUCCAGAAGCGACACUGCUGGACGAUAGCAUCCAGCUGAGCAGAAUGGGAUAUUUCAUGAAGGUUGAACUACCACAACCUAUCCAUAUGUUAGUGUGUGUAUGAUAAUGAUGAAGGUGAGCAUCCACUGAGGGUCUCACCUGCCGACUGCUGACUGCCAGCCUCUUAUGGAAGACGGUCCAGGCAACGGCUUGCUCGCAUCCUGGCGUGGUCAUGGAACCCACGUAACGGUAGUAGGCGUGCAGGUCCUUGGAGGAGGGAAUGAUGUCGCUGAGCUGAAAGUUUGCUAUCACCGCUGUGGUGCCUUGGUGAAGAAGAUGAGUACAAGUGAAGGAAAUUCUGUUGGACCUCCACCUCCUGUGU